AUGGCUUUAUUACUUCUCCUCUUCCAAAUCGCCUCCGCAAACGUUCUUUAUGAAAAUACAAGGAGCUUUAUUUCAGGCUUAUUAACAGGCUAUGAAGGUGCAGACUAUGUGUUUCCAACUCGCCUUUGUCUAAAUACCACUACCCAAAUAGCAAUCAACGAUGCCUUAAUAGCAAUUGCUAUGUUUGCUCCUCUUAACAAUGACGCGAUAGUCGAAAAACAAAUAGCGAUCCUCGAUUCACAAAUAAAAGCAUUUUAUACUGGAUGCGAUCUUGAUGACUUUUUCUCAGGAGUCAGCGAAACAUUUUCAGCUGCUGGCUUUGUGAAACUGGUUCCAAGGAUAUGGUGGAAUUCGAUUUUAAUCUAUAAAGAGUGGUAUAUCAUGAAAGAUGCAUGCCAGAGAUGGGAGUAUGAAGCUUGUGGAAAUGGCUUGGGCGUUUUGGCUUAUUAUAUUUUCACCCCUUAA